AUACAUAUAGAAUAAUUUGGAAAGGGCGUAACCCUUUUCAUUGGCAUCAUGGCAUCAACAAGCUCAACAAAUUCUUCUUCUUUCUCCAAGAGAUUACUAGGCAAAGUUGCGUUGGUCACGGGAGGCGCUAGUGGCAUCGGAGAGAGCAUAGUACGCUCGUUCGUCAAACACGGCGCCAAAGUUUGCGUAGCCGACAUUCAAGACGACGUCGCCCGACACCUCUGCGAGGCCCUCCUUGACGACGUGGGGUCCACCUCGUUCAUCCACUGCGACGUCACGAUCGAGGACGACGUAAAACGGGCAGUGGACCACGCCGUCGCAGAAUUCGGAACCCUCGACAUAAUGGUGAACAACGCGGGCCGAACCGACCCGCCCCGAGCACGCACCGACAUAUGCGGGUUGGAUCUCUCGUCGUUCGACGGAGUCUUCGACGUGAACGUCAGGGGGGUGUUUGCCGGGAUGAAGCACGCGGCCCGCGUGAUGAUCCCGGCCAAAAAGGGGGUGAUAGUGUCCAUCUGCAGUGUGUCGGGGGUGGUCGGGGGGGUCGGGUCCCACGCGUAUACCGGGUCGAAGCACGCGGUGGUGGGACUCACGAGGAGCGUAGCGGCCGAGCUGGGAAGGCACGGGGUGCGCGUGAACUGCGUGUCGCCUUAUGGUGUUCCGACGAAAAUGUCGUUGUCUCCUCUUAUCGCUCGACACGGCGGCAGCGGAAUUAGCGAUGAGGAUGUGAUCGCGCGGCACCGUCGUAUGCAUGCGAGUAAUGCGGUGUUGCAAGGUGUGGAGUUGGCCGUCGAGGAUGUCGCGAAUGCCGUCGUAUUCUUGUCGAGUGAUGAGGCGAGGUACGUUAGCGGAGAGAAUUUGAUGGUCGAUGGUGGAUUCACUUCCGUGAACAACUCGUUUCGGUUGUUUGGUUGAAGUUAUAAUCUUUUUUUUUUUGUGUGUUUGGAAAAUUCGUGUUCGAAUACUUCCUUUACGUACCUUUUGUUGUGUGGAAAUUUAUGAGUACAAUAUUGAAAUCUAUGUUUUAAUAAAGUACAAAGGUAUAAACAAUUAGUGAUUUAAUGACGAGAGGAA